AUGGCUGCCGCUCAGAGAUUUGUACCUUCAUAUACCCAUGCAACACUGGCAUCUAUUGAAGAAAAGCUUGCACAGGCCCUGCAUCGCUUGUGGGAAACAUUUUGGGCUUCAAUAAGCCAACAAGUGCAAGGAUCUGCAGCAACCCUGGCUUCACGAUUACGCCAACCUCAUCGACUGAAGCCUGCCAUGAGUGGUACUCCAGUCACAUUGCAGAGACACUAG